AUGCAUAUACUCUACAUACUUGUCAUUUUACAAGCUUGCGUAUUUCUCUGUAUUGACUGUAAAAGAUCAGAUAUCGAUCAAUUAGCUGAUGCAUUUGCGGAACUCGGCGUUUAUUUACAAGGGCAACUGAAAGAUUUAAAUGGGCUUAUAGAAAAAUAUGCGGAAUAUAUUGAAACUUUGGCGAAAUCAGGUUCACAGUCCGUUUAAAUACUGACAUCAGGUAAAUAAACAUAAACAUAGAUGAAACAAACAUUUCUAUGUGUCCUGAAUUCCGGUAAGAUUGUGAACCUAGUUAGUGGGUUGGUAUUUGCCUAUGUGAUGUGCCGAUAAUUCAGCGCUAAAAUAAGAGAGAAAUUAGUAACUGUAAUAACAGGCUUCUCUAAGGCUUGUACAUAUACUUUAUUAAGUCUUUUACUUUCAUUAGAAAAACUAAAACACUGGUUUUUCGGUGCGUUUAAACAACCACACAUACAAAAAUAUUUGUUCGAUAAUUGAGUGCUGAAAAUGUCGUCAAGGUCAGAGAUGAAAUAACCCAAUGAAGUUUUAGUGCUCAGAUCACAUUAAGCAGCUUCCGUAAUUUUCUUACUAUGAUUCUACUAUUGUUCAUUUCAGUAGAACUUACUCUGCUUUUUUUCAUUUUUAGAUUUAACCAGUGAAUCUGCUGC